AUGGUUGGCGGCAACGGCAAGAGCGUUCGCAUCGGCGUCGACGUUGGAGGCACGAACACCGACGCGGUGGCUAUCGAUCCAUCGCAGCAGUAUACCCCUACCCGAGGCGUCCUCGCCCACCAUAAGACACCGACCACGCCCGACGUCACUUCUGGAAUCGAGAAGGCAGUGAGAAAUGUCCUCACUGAAUCGGAAUUGCCUCCAGAGAGAAUCGUCAGCGUGACUGUUGGCACCACACACUUCAUCAAUGCUGUUGUCGAGCAGGAUGCACGGCGUUUACGCAGAGUCGCAAUAAUCCGUAUCUCCAAGAGCUUCUUGAGAGAGGUGCCUCCGUUCUCAGAAUUCCCGCCAGGUCUGACCAGCAUCAUCAAAGGCUAUGUUGGGUAUGUUGACGGCGGGCUGCAUAUCGAUGGGUCCGAAGAGGCGCCGGUAGACGAGCAGCAGGUUGUUGAAAGAUGUCGAGAGAUAAAGAACCUGGGCUUGAGUGCUGUGGUUGUAGUCGGGACAUUUUCGCCAAUUGACGAGCACUUCCGCCAGGAAGACCGAGUGCGAGACAUUGUGCUGCAAGAGAUGCCGCAUGCAGAUGUCGUCGCUUCCCAUGAGUGCGCGAACAUUGGUCUCAUGGAGCGCGAGAACGCUGCGAUCCUCAAUGCGGCAAUCCUCCGAUAUGCCAGGCGGACUGUCAAGAGCUUCCGGAGGGCUAUGAAAGCGUUGAAGCUGACUUGCCCGCUCUUCCUCACACAAAACGACGGUACACUCCUCGACUCUGCCUCAGCCGCACAGAUACCCAUUCGCACCUUCUCAUCUGGUGCGACCAACUCUAUGCGCGGUGCUGCAUAUCUGACUGGCCACGACCUCGCUCAAUCGUCAGCGAUCGUGGUGGAUAUUGGAGGUACCACGAGCGAUGUGGGAGUAUUGUUGCCGUCCGGAUUGCCCCGGCAAGCCUCCGCCUAUGUCACAGUCGCUGGUGUGCGCGUGAACUACUCUAUGCCUUCUUUACACUCCAUCGGCCUGGGAGGUGGGUCUAUCGUCCGAGACGAAAGAGGCAAAGUCUCAGUGGGCCCAGAUUCUGUUGGUCAUUACUUGUUGCGUGAUGCCUUGAUCUUCGGAGGCAGAGUCACAACCGCAUCGGACAUCGCGGUUGCGGCUGGAAAGGCGCAGAUAGGCGAUGCUGAGGCUGUGUUGCACCUCGACAAAAGUUUUAUCAUGCAAGCUCAGCAAAGGAUGAAGACUUUGCUUGAAGCCGCGAUCGAUGCAGUCAAGACGUCCCCAGAGCCUCUUUCAGUUCUCCUAGUUGGCGGCGGAGCUGUACUCGCGCCAUCAUCGCUCAAGGGCGCAUCAGAUCUCAAGUUGCCACCUUACCACGAUGUCGCGAACGCGGUAGGUGCCGCCAUCUCAAAGGUGGGCGGCAUCGUGGACAUUAUCCAAAGUGUUGCAGAUCAGACACAGAACCAGGCGAUUGAGCGCGCUAAGUCGAUGGCAAGGCAUCGAGCACUGGAUGCCGGCGCGAUUCGGGAGAGUAUAGUCAUCGCUGAAGUUGAGAGCUACCCUGUCAGCUACGUCGCAAACCAGCUGCGGACAGUAGUCAAAGCUGUUGGAGAGCUCGACAUCGAUUCGGAGCCUGCGCUGCUCAAUGACCAGGAGGAGGAAGAUGAAUUCGAUGAAAGCGAAGCGCCGAAGAACAUCUCUGUAAAGGUAAUCGAUGAACCUCCUGUCGAUCCUCUAUCGUACCGGCCUAGCAUUGUCAGGAAUAUAGAGACUGGUGUACUGGAAUGGCAGAUUACCGAGACCGACAUCAACUUCCUGGCCGAUGGUUGCUAUGUCUUGGGCUGUGCCGGAGGUGGCUCGCCUGCAGCAUCUCGGAUCCAAAUGAGAGACAUGCUUCGUGCAGGGCAUAGGAUGAAAGUCAUUGAUCCUUCUUCCCUCAAGUCAGAUGCGCACAUAUACUGGGGCGGACAUAUGGGAUCUCCAGCGACAUCCAAUGAGCGCCUUCAAUCUCUCGAGACUGUCCAUGCUUUCAACGCGUUGCUUGAGUAUCGAGGCGAGAGCACCUUUGACGCCAUUAUGGGCCUCGAGAUCGGGGGUGCAAACGGCCUUGAGCCGUUUCUGGUUGGCUCUUCUCGCUUUUUCGAUCGUCCUGUCAUCGAUGCAGACUGGAUGGGCCGAGCGUAUCCCACGUAUUGGCAGACAACUCUCGCAGUCCACGCUCCUGGCGAGCUGGUCCCUUGUGCAAUCGACUCUGGAGACGGCAAGACGAUCGUCAUGACUAAGGCUAGCAACGAUGAAAUCGUGGAUCGAGCACUCCGGGCUUCGUGCUCAGAGAUGGGCUGUAGAGUGGGCAUGGCAGCCAAGCCAACCACCGGUGACAAAGUGCAAAAGUACGGCGUUCUGAGAACCGUAUCGCUAGCUUGGCGAAUCGGACGCUGCAUUGCGCAAGCUGAGGUCACAAAUACUCUCUCGACUGUUGCAGAGCAGAUCAUCGAUGAAGUCGGAGGAGAGAGAAGCGGCAAGAUUCUAUUUCGAGGCAAGAUCAUCGAAGUCGAACGCCGAAUAUUCAAAGGCCACUCAUAUGGAAGUAUCACCAUUGCAGGUCUCUCCGUGGACGAGGAGGAUGAAUCAGCAGACCAGAAGGCCCGGCGUCUGCAAGCUGUGAAGUCGACUGGCACACUCAAGAUCCCAUUCAAGAACGAAAACAUUUGUGCGGAGCACACCGACGAUGAUGGAGCGUCGACCAUUGUUGCCUCUGUUCCGGAUCUGAUAUGUGUGCUCGAUACGGGCUCUGGAAAGAAUCUUGGUGUCCCGGAGUUCAAGUACGGGUAUCGCGUUACGGUCCUUGGUAUCACUUGCAGUCCGCGAUGGUCUGACACUGAAGCUGGCUUGAAAAUUGGUGGUCCCGGUGCGUUUGGAUAUCAUGAUAUCGAGUACAAGCCGCUGGGCCAGUAUGUUGAGCCAAGGAGUGUCAUCGAGGAAUUCGCACCGCAGUAG